AUGAAAAACUACUUUUUUAUAGAUUUAGAUAUUCAUUAUAAUAUAAUCCUGAUGCUUUAGUUAAGUUUUUGCAUUCAGUAAACUGGAGUUAGGAGAAAGAAGAAAAAGAAGCUAUAAAAUUAUUAAAAUUAUGGGCUCCAUGUGAUUUUGGAGAUGCCUUACAUUUAUUAUCAUCCUUAUGAAAGUGUACUUUUAAUAAGAAAAUACGCGUGUGAAAAUCUUGAAAAAUGUGAUGAUAAUAUUAUUUGUUCUUUUUUAUUAUAAUUAGUACAAGCUUUAAGAUAUGAACCAUUUGAUUAUUAGAAAAGUUAUUUGGCAUAAUUUUUGAUCGAAAAGGCUGGUAAAAAUACUGAAAUUUCAAUUUUGUUGUAUUGGUAUAUAUUUGUAGAAUGCGAUAAUUCGGGUAAUAUUAAUUAAAUAGUUUCUGAAUGGUAUAAUUAAGUUUUAUAGUGUUUAAAAGAGUUCCUUUUAGAAAAUAAUAGUUAAAAUUUUGAAGUUUUGCAAACUUAAAUUGCUUUUAGGGAAGAUUUAUAAAAAAUGGUCAAAUCUUUAAAAGGAAAAGAGAGACCAGCAUAAAUAGAAAUUAUAAAAUAAACAUUAAAAGAUGAUAAAUUUAAACACCCGCAAUUCUAAAAGCAUCCUUUUUGUUUAAACCCUAAAUUAAUUCUUGUUGAAAGUAUACAUGAAAAAUCCACAGUAUUUAAAAGUGCUAUGGCGCCUAUUAAAAUGACUUUUCUUACCCAUCCAGUAGACAAUCCAUAAUAAAAAUGUGAAGUAGAGAUGAUUUAUAAAAAUGGAGAUGAUUUACGUCAAGAUUAAUUAGUAAUGUAAAUAUUUAACUUAAUGGACAAUUUAUUAAAAGGAGUUUCUUAAGAUUUUAAAUUAAUGCCUUAUAAAGUACUUGCGUGUUCUAAAAGUGAUGGAUUUAUGUAAUUCGUUCCGAAUUCUACUACCAUAUAGGAAGUUUUAAGUAAAGAUAAGAAUAUAUCUAAUUAUUUCGAAAAAUUAAUUUAGAAUCCGAAAAAUCCUUUAUAUGAUAAUUUUAGGGACAAAGGGGAAGAAUAUAUACAAAAACUAAUAUAGGAAAAAUAAAUAUAAUAACAAAUAAUGGAAAACUAUAUGUUAAGUUGUGCAGGAUAUUCAGUAAUGACAUAUUUCCUAGGAGUCGGAGAUAGACAUUUGGAAAACCUAAUGAUUGAUUUUACAGGAAAAUUUUUUCAUAUAGAUUUUGGGUUUAUUUUAGGACAAGAUCCUAAGCCAUAUGCACCUCCUUUAAAAUUAUGUAAAUAAAUGGUCGAAGGCAUGGGAGGAGUAUAGAGUAAAGUAUAUUAAGAUUUUAAAAAAAAAUGCGUAAAUGCAUAUAUAUAUUUGAGAAAAUAUGCAAAAUUAAUAGUUAAUUUGUUCUAUUUAAUGAUUGAUUCAGGAAUAAAAGAUAUAAAUAUUGAAGCUUUGGAAAAACUUGUAGAUAAAUUUAAUUUAGACUCGAAUGAUUAGUAAGUUGAGUUGCAUUUCUUAAAUAUAUUAGAAGAAAGUGUUAGUGCACUAUUCCCUAUAAUAAAUGAUAUAAUACAUAGAUGGGCAGGAUAUUGGAGAGCAUGA